AAAUCUCACUGCCACUCCCCGAACGCUGUAGCCCACCCCACGCAGGACACAUUUACAAACCUCGCUCUCCAACUAACUUGGUAGCGACCAGCAACUAGUUUCCAAAAUGGGCAACGGAGCAAAGGCACAGCAGAAGCGCGAUCGCGCCGCCGACAAGGGCCCCAAGGAGGCAAAGAGCCAGCUGAAGUCGAACGCCAGCGCCCAGUCCGUCAAGUGCAAGACGUGCUUCCAGACCUUCCAGAGCACUACCGCGCGCAAGUUGCUCACCGAGCACGCCUCCAACAAACAUUCCAAGAACUUCGAGGACUGCUUCAACGCCGAGGAUGGCGUGGUUAAGAAGUAGUGCGACAUCCGCGGCCAGCGAUAUACUUUCGUACGAUCGGCGGGGACGACUUUUCAUUGCAUGAGAUACCAAAUAUGAGCGCGGAGUAGGCUGGUUGGUGCGGAGUUGUUCUGGGCGUAGGGCGAUUGGAAUAAUGAUAGAAAUGAAUGCAUGAUUGGCAAG